UCUCACAAAAUCACCACAAGGCAAGUUGGAGAAGGAUGACGGGAAGAUUAGUGAAUUUCGUGACAUGUCCGUGUGUGCCGUGAUGUGUUCCCUUCAAAUUUUGUAAAAUCCCUAAUUAGUGCGCGGAUAAAUUCACUUCUUCGGAUUUUGAAUUCUCGCCUGUGUCUAAGGAAAUAAAGUGUGUCAUUUCAUCGGAUUAUAACCCACGGUUUGUUACGUCGAUCACUCACGUCCAUAAUGUUUUCGAAUUCCAUUAUCACUUUACGCAAUUAACCUCAUUCUUUUUGGUCAAAUUAAAUUGUCUCUUCCAGGAGAAUUUGUCUACUUUCAUUAUCUUUUCAAACAAAUGUUUGUGCUCUGAUCGUGGUUGUUUCAAUAUUGUAACGAUUUUCUACAGUUAGGGUCCAUAACCAUUUUCACUGUCUAGUGAGACCUUGUAGGAAAGUAUGUUGGUGCUUUUUCUGUCGUAACACUUCUACGGUUGGAAAUUUUCUAUAAUCGUGCUAAUCUAAUUACAUUUAAGUGUUGUGUGCAAAUUCCCUUGGAUUGCCUCUUUAAUUUUCAAGAUAGUCUGGAAUAAUUCACCCUGCUAUGAGUUGACGCCAGGAUCAGCUGGAAGUGGAACUGAUUAUUCGCUAACUGGUGUCUUAAUGAAGUUCUCCGUGAUAACGUGGCCGUACACCUCCUCCUUACAGGAUAAAAAGUCAGGAGGACGGAGCCGUGAAGGCUCCCGGUGAUGGACUGUUUGGACCAAAGGGAGAACGCCAGCUCAAGUCCCCCUCAGCCAUUUCAUUAUCUCGCCAACGAGAGCGCCAAGUCGUUUGUUGUUCUUCAGGAGCUGCAGAAUGAGGUCGGAGCAUUGCUGGAGUUUCGGGAUCUGGUCAUGGAAACAUUCCCGCACCUGCGUCAAAAGAUGGCCAUCACGACGACGCCGACCAGUUCCCACAUCCCGGUGCCGAACGGGGGCGCCAGCUCGGGCUCCAAGUGGGAGCCGGGGGUCCGGGUGCGGCGGAAGCUGGGGCAGCACUCCCGGGAGGACUCGGUCGCCCCCUCCCUGGUCCCGCGGAGCCGGAGCAACUCCAACGGGAAGGGCCCCAAGAGCGGCGAGGGCUCGAGCUCCACCGGCUCGGCCGUCCAGGACUCGGGCUUCUGCACCGAGAGCAAGGAGCACUCCGCCGCCAGCUCCCGCAAGAGCAAGGAGACGGACGACGAGCUCUGGAACCUCCUAGACGUCAUCCACCAGAAGGGCACCAAGCUCCGGCUCGAGGUCGAGCAGCUCCAGCAGAAGCUCACGCCCUCCCUCGAGGAGCCGCCCCGCAAGUCCCGGAGCCUCGACGACCUCGCCUCCGCCACGGCCUCCGUCCGCGAGGCCAAGGAGGCCACCACCCGGCAGUGGCACUGCGGGAGCCACAAGUCCCAGGACCUCCUCCAGAUCGAGAUCUCCAACCUCAAGAAGGAGCGGGACGCCCUCCUCGACCGCAUCGCCGAGAUGGAGGCCGAGAACCUCUCCAACCUGGCCGAGACGACCCACCUCCACGCCGAGCUGGACUACCUCUCCAACGAGAAACACCACCUCGAGGAGCAGCUCAACUACGCCAUCUCGAGCAAAGCGGAAAGCUCCACCCCGCUCAAGCCAUCCUUCGAGGGGUUCAAGAGGCUCCCACGCGCCUCCGCCGCCGGCAAUUCUUACUUCGUACCAGUCGAGCCGGCCCCGGUCCCCAACGGGGGCCACAUCUACGAGACCCCGGCUCAACGUCUCCUCUCGUCCACGUUCGGCGGCUCCCUCAGGGACGACUUCCUCGACCAGUCCAACUCCCUGGACCUCAAGUUCCGGCCCUCGGACCCGGUCUCCCGAAAGCUCAAUCACGCUAAUAUAAUAAAUAGUCUUAGUAACUCAACUAAUAAUAGUGCUAGUGAUAGAGAUAUAUUUUCUGUACCAAAGAAUUCGAAAUCUAAAAUUUAUCCUCAGCCGCGACUGGCGAGGAGUAGGAAUCUGUCGGGCGAUAGCGGCUCCGCUGUUUUAUUAGGUAGUAGUAGUAUCAAUUCACGGGCUGUGACGACUAGUGAUAGUGAUAAAGUAAUACAUUCCAAUGAGACGGUCGACCGUUUCGGGAACGUUGGCGCUCUCGACGGGAUCGUCAGCUCGCCGUGCCUCAAGAUGAAGCUGCCCAAGGGGAUGUCUUUCAGCGGCGAAAAGCUUCGAGCCAUCCUCAACGAGUUCAACCCGGUCGAACUCCAGCGACAUCUAAUUACCACUGUCUACAGGAAUCAGGUAUUCGAGCGUUGUUUGAAAACGCAAUUGAAGAAGAAGUUAGAACUCACCAAUCAGCUGGACAAAGUGAAAGAAGAUAACGAGGAAUUGAAAUUUCAGCUGGAAGAGAAGAAAAUAGAACUUGAAGGAACUAAAGCCAGAGUUCGGGUGCUAGAGAAGUUUCAAGAUGAAUCCAACAGAAGUGCAACUCUUGAUGGCAAAUCAGAAGGAAAAGUCUCGGAGUACUCCAAUCUCUCCUCCUCUCAACACAUUCUCAUCCCCACUAAUCCUAUUCUACCCCACUUAGCAUUACCUGCAACUCAUAUGAACGGCCACAAUGUGGAAGAAAUGAAUGCCCACCAUAGCAGUAGCACAGAGUCAGCGCAUCAUGAGGAUGACGAAAGAUCAAACCGAACUAUUCUAGAUAAAAAUCAACAAAAUUCUCUACUACGCUCCAAAAAGCCCAGCAAAAUACCCCUAAAAUCUUACGUGGCUCCAAAGCAACCCACAUCCCAGAAAACAACCCCAAACAGCAGCAACCUCUCUAAUAGUUAUAACUCGAGUAAAAGUAGUCAUAUUACUAGGCAAACUUUAAACAAAGAUUCAUUAACAUACCUAUCAAAUAGGACUAGGUCUGAAACUCGGAAUUACGAUUCUGUGAAGAAUCGAGAUGUUUCAAUCACAACUAAAUUUAAUAAGAGUGCAAAUUUGAAUAAUUCAAAUAACAGUACAAACUAUAGUAUGAAUAAACUGAAUUCUUCAAUUAGUUCCAAUGAGACUGUUUCCAUAUCUAAGCGCCAUACAUCACCAAUUUCAUCCGUCAAUGAUUCGUUCUCUAUAAAUAAAUCCCGCUAUGCUCAUCGUAAACUCUCUAAUGAAUCUCUAAGCUCAUCAAAUUCAUCUCCUAAGUACCAUAAAGAUAGUCUUAAACAAUCCAAUGUUUCUAGUUCAACAAAUUCUAAUUCUUCAAACAAUAACUCUCCUAUGUCAUAUUCAGGAUUCAAGAAAAACUCCCCUCAAAUUUUUAAUUCAACGCGUUUGUCAGUUUCUCCGAAACGUAAUUCUUCCAUUAUCUCAGACUCGCAGCAACAUUCCAAUCAAGAAUUAAAUAAGAAAACGACCCCUGCAAAAUCUUUGCAAAAUCUGCGCUACACACGCAAGCUGGAAAGAAACAAGGGCAAGAAAAUUUUGAACACAACAUUAACUGCAUUACCUGAAGUACCAGAAGUAGGCUCCACCGAAUUUCUUGACUCAUUGGAUAACAACAAAUUAGAAAAAGAUCUGAAUACAAGUGAGGAUGGCGCGAAAUCAAAGACUGGUUCCACCGAGCAGUUGUUCUCAACAGAAUAUUUUGAUAGCAUUAACGAUCCAUCAACCGUCACUUCAAGAAGUGGGAGUGUGUUCCAUUCAGCAGCAGCAAGCUUGUCAAGUUCAAAAAAUAGCAAUGAUAAUUGCGAUUCCCUAGAUCAGGACAAGUCUAAUCUAGUAAACCCUGUUUAACUUGCAAAGUAUCCUGUUGUCUGUAAACAAUUAAUUCUAACCGAACGAAAUAACUUUUUUUUCAAUUUGUUAAUAAUUCCAAUAUUUUUUAAUAUAUUCCAAAGGGUAGGCAUGGCAGCCAGGAUCUUUUUCAAAUAUCCAUCACAAAAUCUUUCUAAAAUAUUUUCAAAAAAUUUCCGUUAAUGUGCCUCUCUGCUUUUCUGAUGCCGCAUUUGUCAUCAACUGUGCUCUUGUGCUCAGCUCAAUCAGGUUAAAAUGAAGGAAAUGCAAGGGAGGUAAAUGUUAGAUGCUUCAUGCUUAAUGUAGGGAAUCUACAAAAAUUGAGUGGUUUUAUGACAUGAUGAUCCUCUCUGAGAGAUGGUAAGUCGUAUUUCGAGGGUGAAACUCCCAAACCUUGUAUUUCGGUUUGCAAUGUUGCAGACUUCCUGUCAUACUUUAUUUUCUAAAUAAGAAACCACUUAACGACAGUUUCGUAAAACUUCUGCGAUUUUUUUCAUUGUAAGUAGAAAAUUCUAUGAAAAUUUCAAGGAAAUAUGUGCAUUUGCUCUCCUCCUUUAGAAAAGAAAGUAGUGAGAGUAGAUAUUUUAAAACAACGCAAACGAGAUACAUGCUUUGAAAGUCUCAUUGUUGAUUUACAACUGAUAAUGCUUUUAAGUUCAGAUGCUUCAUGACUGAAUUCCAAUGUUUAUUAAUUAGGGUCUUCAUUUUGUAAUCUUCCCCAAAGAGCCGUGGUCCCUAAAAAUUCAGAGUUUUUCCUACCAAGCACUACACAAUUCCUGAAAGAGAGCAUUACUUUUCAAUCAUUCUCAGAAGAAUGUGCAUAAAUUUUGUUGAGGUAGCAUAUGUCCCUCCAGAGGCAGACCAACACUUUAAGGGACUAGGAAUGUCCAUCAGUGCUCAGAUCGGCCCUUUUAGGCUCAAUUUCAUGUUCCCAAUUUUCUCUUUUGGUGGAAUCUAGUAAUUUAAGUCAGGAUGCAUGUCAUAAAUGUAUUUUGUGGUGUUUCGCAGAAUUUAGACUUUUUUAACGAAGCAAUGAUAUCAGUUUGAGCUAUUUUCCGGUAUAGUUUUCCUAGAAUGUAUGGUUUUGUUUUUGAAACGAAAAAUUUGUCCACUUCACAUUUACCACAAUAAACCAAAGCAUACUAUCUUUAUGUAUAAAGACCUACUACCGGCAGGAGAAUGUUUAAUUCCUAGUCUGAUAAUUCUUUCUGUCAACUUACACUUGUAAACUGAAUUAGGUGAUGAUUAUAAUAGAGAGCUCAAGAGACAGAUUGAUGUUUGAUCAACACAUGUUUGCAGCUUAAAGAUUGAAAUGAAGCCGCUGGCACAGUUAAAUCUCUUAAAAAUAACUUGCAGUAUUUUAUUAAUUAAAACCAGUCCUUCCUAAAAAUAAAUCAGUAAAGUUACCUCUUUUCCAACGUGGUUGCAAACUAAGGAAACAGGAAUAAAUUUUCUUGAGCAUUUUGUGUCAGUAAAAUUCUUUAAGAGGAUUUUUUCUCUUCCUAUUGUUGAAACAUCAUUUCUCAGGGCUACCUCUGCUUCAGAUUGCUGAAGUUUGAUAACCUGAUCUUGUUUACUUUUUUUAAAACAAAUUUUUGGUUCAUUCGUUCUGUGGUCACAUGAGAUUUACCUUUUUUGUACUGAUUUGGAGGCACAAAUCAAAUCAGAAGCUGUCUUUUCAGAGCUUAUACCAACAUGUUUGAGGAAGAUAGAUGAGGAUUAAGGAAGAUUCACAAUUUAGUGUGCCAACUUCAGCUCGCUAAGAUUUCAGAGGCAAGAUCCUAUAGUAACAGAGCUUUUUUUUCUCUUUUCUUCAUUAUUAUAUCAAUAGUAGAUAAUGGGCUUGUGUAAUUGAGAGUUUGUACUAAAUUGAUUUUCAUCAUAUUAAUGAUGAAUUCUAAGUUUAUAGGAGAAGAAAAAAAUCCUGUUGAAAGAGUAUAAAAAUGUUAUUUUCCCUUCCUCUCAAACAUGCUGGUGUAGAUAAGUCAAAAUUACCACAUAACCACAUGUACAAAUUCUGUGUAAUUUAAUUGUGUUAAUUCAUUAUAAUUUAAUCAUUGACAGAUCAUAAAUCAAUUAAGGACUCAUUAAACACGAGAAAUUUCCAUUGAAAGAAACAUUUGGAUACAGUUUACCACAACGGUGAGAAUCCGAGACAAGAUUAUGUGUUUCUUUACAAUUGAACUUUUAUGUAGCCACUAAAUCAGUCUACUAAAGGUUCAUUGAGACAAAGCACUUUCAACUGUCAUCGUAUAAUGUAAUUACAUACAAUUUUUGAGCAUUAAGUAUAUAUGUUUCCCCCUUUAAUUUUUUUACUCAGUUCCGUUUUUGAUAAGGGGCACUACUAAAUUUAUCUUCUGUCUACAGUCGUGAAGCAUCACAGCUCAUUUCCCUAAAUAUCUUAAAUUUUCCAUACCUUUGUGUGCAAACUUGCCUUUAGAUUUGUAGGUAAAUGCAAUAUUUAUUUGAACAAACAAAAAAAAACCAAUUAAUGUGUGGGAGUGAGAUACUCUCUUUGCUGGAAGCUUGAGGUAAACCAACUUGCACUUAGAAUAAUUGAGAGUUGGUAUUUUACAACGUAUCAUUCUUUCUUUUCAGAGCAUACUGUAAAUUGGAAUUCUGAACCAUAAAUUAGUGAUCCAUUGUGAGCUACCCUCUGCUCUUAGUUUUAAAUAGAUUUGAUCAAAUGGUUAUUAAUAGAAGUUUAAACUUCAACUAAAAAGUCAAGUGAAGUUCCAGUUUCAAGUUUAUUUUCCUGUGUUUCGGACUACUUUAAAGCUUAAUAAUACCUAAUUCAAAAUUUUGUGUUUUUAUGAUUGGUUUUUUUUGGUAAUUGGAAAUUUUCACUUUCAGUGCCUGCUUCCUUACUGAUAGAAUUGCAUUUUGGAAAACAUUUUAAGAUAAGUAUUUGGGCUUCCUACAAUUUCAGUGAGAUGUUGUAUGUGCAAUUAAAUAGGGUGAAAUGAGUCAGUUGAACUGCUUGACGGAAAUCAUUGUUUUCAAGAUCAUGGUUCUUUUGUAACACUGCCGUUGUUAGAAGAGCUUCUUUCUCCAUGUAGACUUUUAAAACAUUGUGCCUAUCUUUUAAAGGAGUUAAUUAAUCAUUACAAGGGAUGAAUUAUGGUCAAUUUUAGAUGUGUUAUCCUCAGUUUCAUACGCUGUAAAUUUAAUUAAAUUUAAUCAGGAGUGGCCAGACCCUAUCGGUAAUGAACAAUUAAAUUCUCUGAUGUGCUCAGUUUUAUAGGGCAAUCACAAACGAAACUAGGUAUGCUGUCAAAUACUAUUUGAUAUUGUCGUAAAAAAUCGAAGUUGAAGUAAAUGCUUGUUUCAGUUGAAGGAGCCACUAACAUUCAUUUUUUGUAAUUGUGUGUUCUCGAAUGUAAACUCCUGUAGAUAAACGGAGGCAAUCAGAAACGAAAGACACCAAAUAAAUUGCAUAAUUGAUGGAUUCAGGGAAAACAGCCGUCAGAGUUGGGAAAAAAAUAAAAUGAGAUGACCUACUACUGUGGAGAAGAGUCAACUCUGUAUCUUUCAGCAUAGGAAAUGCUUAAAAAUUGACCCUUUGAGACUGCCUAUAAUGAGAAAAUGAUCUAUUACAAAUUUGAGAACAACACUUAAAAAGUUUGCUAGCUCUAAUUCUCCUAACAUCAUCAAGAAUUCAAGGCAUGCUUUAAAAUGUUCAAUUAAUAUUCUUCAGGAUAUUAGAAAGCACCUAGCAUUGUAAAUGGAUUUCUUUAAUGCGCAAUCGGUUCUUGGUCCUACCGAAAAACAUGAGUUUCCACCACAAGGGAAGGGAAGGGUUGCACUGUGGGUGAUCCCAUUACAUAUUAUUUACGACCAGAAUAGGUCGAUUUUAUAUCAAGUCAUGGAACUUUACUAGUCGUGUAAAAUGAUAUGUCAGAUUUUCAAACGGCAACAUCACAUUUUUAGCCAUUCUUGCUGUGUAAAUGUUUUUAUUAAUCACACCGAUAACUUCACUCAAUGAAAAUUUUAAAAGCAGGAUCACAAGGAAUUACAUACCAUGAAUACCACCAGGUAUCUCUCCAUCUUGUCACAUAGCUUAAUGUGGAGUUCUCGUCAAUUAAACAUGUUUACCUAUCUUCUUUGAAAAUGAGGCUAGGGCAAAGCCUAGAUGUUGCUUGAAAGCUGUAGUUUAUCAAAAUUUGCAACUGGCUCCUUUCAGACCUUUGAUUGCUUGCAGCAGCAUAAAAAUUUUGUUAUGUUUAUUAGGUUACCACCUUUGUAUCCAAUUUACUUAAAGUUUUCUCUUAAGCUCUAUCAAUAAGUGUGGGUCCUUUUAAUUAAUUUUUCCCUUCUUUUUUUUUCUAAUUUUAUCAAGUACCCUUAAGGUGUUCCAAAUAAAGAGUUUUUUUCUUAAAGGGGGGGGGGGUCAUUUGAUCAAUUUUAUUCAUACACAAGAUGGAACGUAUUGCCCAUUGUAUUGGUUUCAUACAUUUCACCUGCGUCUGAAAAGCCCUAAUAUUAUUAAUGUAAGAGUCGGAAUCAGUAAUGGUCUUGUAAAUUUUUUUCUUGUACCGUUGUAUGCUCAAAAGGAUAUCAGUUCUGAGCUUAAAGAAGUAAGUGAGAAGUUUUCCUUCUUGAUUGCUAAUGUUUAUUUGAAAGUUUGCCUUAUAUUUAUGUUUCAUGUAACUGUUCUUUCACUUAUUUUCUCCUAAAAUAUUUCUCAGGUGCAGUUUGCUCCUUACUUUGGGUACCUCAUACCUACCCAUCACUCCUCCUCUUGUGCCAUUCUUAAAUACAACCAAUGGUCAUCUAUGUAGAAAGAACAACUGAAAGUCAUAAAGUAACGGUUAAUAUGCUUGAAACAAUUUCAAAUUUUAUUUUUAUGUGUCUGCAAACUGAUUGCAGAACUCGAAAUCAAUAUCACGUAUCACUGAAUGUGAUAUUCAAUCAGAGCUAAGUAAUAAUUAAAAAUUUCACCUGAAAUUGCUGUUUUGAUUGUAUUAUUUUGAAAGGAGGAUCAGUCUCAUCGGGAAGCAAUUUUUUUCUAUCAAGAAUCUUCAUAUCGCAGCAUAAGAAAUACUACCUAAGUUAAAAAUCUCGCAUUAAACUAGAAGAAAAUUAUAACUUUUGUUUUUUAAAGUGAGGAGGAGAUAAGUGACAAGUUUGCAACAUCUUGCAGUAUUUAAUUCCAUCAAAAGACGAUGGCUAAAGUGGGAAACCAUGUACCUCCAUUGCAGUAUUUCAAAAUCUCUGCUUGCAUUUCUUUUUUAAAGAGAAACGAAUCAACUAUUUAGCUUGAAAUUUCGACAAAAUAUUCUGCUAAUAGAGAAGAAAAGUCAAGGAAGUUUUCAAGAGAUGAAGUUGACUGGUUUUCCAAAGUAAAAAUAAAUUAGGGCUGCAAGUCUGCAUUCUAAUCUAAUGGAGAUAUGUGGUUUUACAUUGUAGCCAUCGCGUUUCAGUUGCCUGCCUCACACUUCAAUGCAUAUUCCUGAUGUUGACUUGCUCUCACGGUAAAUGACAGUUCAGUGUGAUUAUUCUGUAGACGGUUGUGCCUCAUAUUUAAUCGGAACCCAAAACUUGAUUAAUAAUUCCACAAACUCGAAGCUUAGGGGAAGCCUUGUCUAGUUAUUAUCCACUAUCAAACAUUAAAGUCUGUGCACAUAAUUGUCCUCAUGAGACUAAAAUAUAAUGAAAGAACGUGCAUCAACAAUUUGGAAACUUAAUCAUUUUGAUUCGGUCUGUACCCAUUUUAAAGGGACGCUAUUUUAUAACUCAUGAUCUAUUAAAUCUUCGUAGGCAUAGCUAAAACUUUUGUUUGCUCUCUUGAUGAAAUGUAGACUGAGUGCAAUUCAUGAAGUUAUUUUAGUCAGAAAUACUUCACAAUAACCAUGUAUUUUAUUAAAGCAGCUUUCUUGAUCAGUUUUGAACAAAGGUCUGAUUGAUCCUGUUCCCAAGAAUUCGUCCUAUUAGGUAGGUUAAAACCAAUGUUAUAAAAAUGAAAUGAAGAAAAAAGAAAUGAAAGAAGGAAGGAAGGAAGAAUCAAGUGGAUCUAAAGCCUUUCUUCUUUUUUUUCUCUUUUCAUAGUUUACAUUUAUUUCCAUCAACAUUCAUGUAAAUUAGGGACAUAAGUUUUUAGAUGACAAAUUGCCGUUCUGGAAAACAGCUUUGCUUCGGUUUUACUAAGACUCGCUGGCAGAGUUAUCAUCAGUACUGAAAUUUUUCGUUACAUAAUUUUCAUUGGGCUCUUUAAGUCCCUCUAAAUUUAGUACAGAAAUGUUAUCCUACCAAAAUUACUACUAAGAGCAAACGUAACAAAAUUGAACAAUAUUUCCUAAACUAGGGACAAGAAUUCUACCUUUUAAACGAACUUUUAAAAUUGUUUUAUCUUUGUUUAUAAUUAUAAUUUUAUUGUAAAUUUUGUUAAAUAAGAAAAAUAAAUUCAUAAAAUUGAAA